AGAAAAACCAGAGAACCAUCAAAGUGGCCGGAGCUCCUGGAGGGGGGGAAAAUCUGGCAUCUUUGGCUCCCUUCCACGCUUUGUGCCUGACAAUGGUCAGGAUCGACGACUAAUGCGCUUUUAUUAACUGCUCCCCUAGAUCUGGCUCAGAGAACAUGGCCACUUCAGUGAGGACGUUCCCAGUUGCCCUGUGGACACCGACACCAGGUCCCUGGCCAGGAGGAAACACCACUGCAGUGACGGAGGCAAAGUGCGUCUUCAACGAGGAGUUCAAGUUCAUCCUGCUGCCCAUCUCCUACGGCAUUGUCUUUGUGGUGGGGCUGCCCCUCAACUCCUGGGCCCUGUGGAUGUUCAUCUCCAGGAUGAGGCCCUGGAAUGCCACCACCACCUACAUGUUCAACCUGGCCAUCUCAGACACCCUCUACGUCCUCUCCCUCCCCACCCUGGUCUACUAUUACGCCGACCGGAACAACUGGCCCUUCGGGAAAUGGCUCUGCAAGACCGUGCGCUUCCUCUUCUACGCUAACCUCUACAGCAGCAUCCUUUUCCUGACGUGUAUCAGUGUCCACCGCUAUAUGGGCAUCUGCCACCCCAUCCGCUCCCUGAAGUGGGUGAAGACCAAGCACGCCCGUAUCAUUUGUGUGGGCGCCUGGCUUGUUGUCACCAUCUGCCUCAUCCCCAACGUCAUCUUUGUCACUAUCAGCUCCAAGGGCAACAGCACCCUGUGCCACGACACCACCAAGCCCGAAGAGUUUGACCGUUACGUGCACUACAGCUCCUCCGUCAUGGCCCUCCUCUUCGGGGUCCCCUUCCUGGUGAUCGUCCUGUGCUACUGCCUGAUGGCCAAGAGACUCGGCAAGUCCAGCUUCUCCAGCCCCAGCCCCCGAAUGCCCUCCUACAAGAAGCGCUCCAUCAAGAUGAUCAUCAUCGUGCUCACCGUCUUUGCCAUCUGCUUCGUGCCCUUCCACAUCACCCGGACCAUCUACUACACCUCUCGCUACUUCCAAGCCGAUUGCCAGACCCUCAACAUCAUCAACUUCACCUACAAGAUCACGCGGCCCCUGGCCAGCAUCAACAGCUGCCUUGACCCCAUCUUGUACUUCAUGGCUGGGGACAAAUAUCGGGGGCGG